AUGAUGCUCAGGAGACAUGUCAGCAAAGUUGUCUGCACUGGGCUUACUCUGGUUAUUGUCUACUAUCUCCUCCUGGUAUUUUAUAAAAUAGUUUCACAAAAGUUGAUUCUGGUUAGUGUCCAAGAGGAGUUUUAUUUGCCUCUGUCUGAAUGGGAUGGGAUCGUGAUAAAGAGACUCUCUCACUUGGAGUUGGAUUUGCAGCAUCUGAAAGAAAGUAUGAAAUUGGCUGUGAAGGAACAAGAAAACUUGAACAACACCCUGGAGAGGGUGAAAGAUGCACAACACCCUGUUGGGAAGACAGUGGAUGCCAAGGCAAGUAAGACAAAGAAAGACAAACCCAGAGAGAAACUUUUCUCUGGCUCACUGCUCUUCAAGCAGUGGGGUGAAGAUCUUUCUGAUGCCCAGCAGAAAAAGGCCCAUGAUCUCUUCCAAGAGUUUGGUUACAAUGUUCACCUCAGUGACCAGCUGCCCCUGAAUUGUUCCAUCCCAGAUGCACAUCAUUCCAGGUUUCUUUAGAAGACAUAUCCCUCACAACUCCCAUCCCUCAAUGUCACCCUUAUAUUCAUGAAUGAAGCUUUGUCCAGUAUACAACGGGCCAUUGCCAGUAUCAUGAGCUAGACCCCUUUGAGACUCCUGAAAGAGAUCAUCUUGAUGGACGAUUUUAGCUCAAAUGGAGAACUAAAGGCAAACUUGAACAAGAGUAUUAAGAUUUAUAACCAGAAGUAUCCACAACUACUGAAAAUAGUCUGGCACACAAGGAGAAAAGGUCUUGCGUAAGCACACAACACUGGCUGGGAAGUGGCCAUGGCUAAUGCAGUUGCCAUCUUGGAUGCUCAUGUUAAAGUGAACAUAGCCUGGGAUGAGCCCAUCUUGGCUCUGAUUCAGGAAGCCCACACCAUGAUUGUGUCAUCUGUGUUUGACGACAUUCAUCUUGACACCUUUGAACUGACUAAAUAUGAAUUGGCAGUUGAUGGGUUUAAUUGGGAACUCUGGUGCUGCUAUGAUUUACUUCCAAAGGCCUAGAUUGAUCUGAGUGAUGUCACUGCUCCAGUGAAGAGUCCUUCUAUCAUGGGCAUCCUGGUUGCCGACAGGUUCUUCCUGGGAAAGAUCAGAUUUGUGGAUAGUGGGAUGCUGGUCUAUGGAGGAGAAAGUGUGGAACUUAGCCUGAGGGCAUGGCAGUGUGGAGGAAGAACUGAGGUCUUGCCCUGCUCUUGGAUCGCUCACCUACAGAGACACCAAAAGUCCUGUGCCUUGGAUCUGAUUUCUGCCUGGAAGCACAAUGCUGUCAAAGUGGACAAAAUCUGGAUGGAUGAAUAAAAACACAUGGUUUACUUGACCUGGAACAUACCUCUCCAGAACUCUGGAAUUGAUUACAGAGACAUUUUUUCCAGAAUGGCACUCCAGGAGAAACUGAAAUGUAAAACUUUUGACUGGUAUCUGAAAAAUGUUUAUCUAGCCCUGAAGCCAAUCCCCAACAUCAUGGGCUAUGGAAGAAAUAAAAACCUAUUGGGUGAACAUAUCUGCCUGUACCAGGGACCUAUUCCAAGCAAUACCCCCAUUAUGUAUUACUGUAAUGAAUAUAGUCCAUAAAAUGUCUGCUACCACCUAACUGGGGAGUUGUACAUGGGACAACUGAUUUCUGAGACUGUUGAUGAUCACUGUCUGAUAGACCCUGGCAGUGGGAAGAAGCCCACUUUAGAGACAUGUUCCAUGGCAGCCAAAAAUAGACUACACAUAUAUUGGGAUUUUAAACCACUGCAUCCUCUGAUUCUGACCCUUUUCCAAAGGGAGAUGGGCCUGGAGACUGCUUUCAUGCCGUCGCUAUGCGGCUGCCCCUGUCCUCCAGGCCCUGAGCAUCAUCUGCAGCAGGACUGA